GGGAGGAAGCCUGUGGGAAAUGCUGUGUGUACAUCACAUCGGGCUGCUGUAACUUGGCACCUCUCUCUCUCUCUCUCCCCGGUCUGGGUGCACUAGGUCCGGGCUGCGCUGUGUCAGGGCGGCAUCCCUAGCAGUGGAAGAGACAGCAAAGAGCAGCAGACAGAGGAUGUGGUUGGAGUGAGCGCUGCACAGAGACGUAUUUUGCUCCUGAGCGGAGUGCAAUAGGAAGCGCAGACGCAGCAGCUGCAGCUGGUACAGCGCUGUCACCCAUCGCUCAGAGGACUGUCGCUGUCACCCCGGUUAUCGUGUCACCUGCUGAGGGACUCCGAGACACUCAGCUGCAAACUUUGCAGGGCUCCCCGGCUAUGAGAGUGCCUGCCGGCUGCCGGUGAUAGAGUGAGCAGCGAGCUAACGCGGAGACACGCAGGGACUGGACACACUCAGCACCUAUUACAAUGGGCUGUGGAUUAAAUAAAUUUGAGAAAUUUGAUGAAAAAAGACCAGGAAACAUAUAUUCAACAUUGAAGAGGCCACAUGUUGAAACCAAGAUAGACGUAUCAUACGAAUAUCGAUAUGUUGAUUUCACAACCAUCACUCAAGCUCAAGCACCUAGUUUACCUGCUGUCCGAAUUUCCUCUCUGCGUGACCUCCCGGACAACCUACAGGAGCUGUAUCAGCAGGGUUUCACAGUGGCAGCAAUACACCCGUUUGUGCAGUCCAGUGAGGGGAGCGAGAGGAUUCCCCAAGAGGAGAUGUUCCGAGUUGUUCUCAUCAAGAAAACAGAAAGGAACUCAAUUUGUGAUCUGAGCAAUGAAGACUACAGCUUGGUAGUAGAACAGUGUCUGUCUCCCGACCAGAUAGUAGAUCAAAAGCUGAUACCUGACUUAGUGAAGAGGAUUGAGGAUGCAGCUAGUCAAGGAUCAAAGUUUGCUGGGAUAGUACAGGGAUACUACAUUGCAAAAGACCUGCCAUACAGCCUGUCUGAUAGUUUGAGCCAAUCAAGCUCUCCAGAACACACAGCUAUCAAUAAAGCAUGCAGUGAUAUGGAGGAUCAUACUUCAGUGGAUAAGUCGGAUUGUACUAAUGGAAGCACUUCGCCGGCAAAGAGCAGGGAAAUUGCUGAGCAGCCCAAAGCAGUCGAUAGGCUGGAAGUUAUUGAGCAGCAAAAAGUGGAGUCUGCACCUCUGGAUGAAGCAGAUCAAUUGGAAGAACUCAACUUUGCUAUUUCAAAUGAGGAUGUGUUCAUUCCGGACAAGAUAACAACAGAGUCUAGUCUGCAUGAUAUCUGCAGCAUUAGAAAAGCUGAGAUUUUGGCUAUUUUUAAUAAGCCCAAAACCCAACAAAGGUACAGAAAAUAUUACACUGUGAACAUCCCAAUGAAGAUUUCAAAGGAUAAGAGUACCAUUAAUGGUCUGGAAGCAAAUUGGUUGGAGCACAUGACAGACCACUUCAGAAAAGGAUGCUCUCUAGUGAAUGCUGUCUUUUAUCUUGGAAUGGUAAAUGAUACUUCAUCGGAGUUUACAGACGGUGUUUUUAUUUUUGAGGACUUCCCAGAACAAGAUCCAAAGACUGUAAAGCGUUACGAUGCUAUUGUUGUAGAACAGUGGACUAUCUUUGAGGACUUAAAAGUGCAUACAGACUACAUGCCGCUCCUGAACUCUCUGGCUGUAUUUGGAUGGCAACUGACAUGCGUCCUUUCAACUCCUAUAGUAAGCACCAGUAGGGAUGGUAAUGUCACUACGAAGCAGAUCGUGUUCCUGCAGAGGCCAGCACUGCCCCAUAAGUUGAAGAAGAAAGAGCCAAAGUUUCAAUGGAAGUUUUCCAAAGAUGAGAAGCAUGGUAGGCACUCAAAAAAAGGGAAAGGAAAAGUUACUUCCAAAGACAAAGAACAUGACAGAAACAAGAAAAACGAAGAGCAGACGAAAUGUGAUGAUACAGUAGAAGUACAUGGCAACCACCAAACAGAUGGGAACAUCUUGCCCAAGAGUGAUGAUCACCACAAGGAAAUAAUAACCCAACUAAAGAAAGAGGUUGAUGAAUCCCAACUGGAUACUAAUUCUUCACUACAUGUGGAAGAGGUAACAGAAAUCAUGAAAGGUGAAGAGCCAGGAUGCAUUGAGAAGAUUCAGUGUUUUGAAGGAGAGUCCGAUAAUGAUGGGGUUGGAAGUGCUGGAAGGAAGGCAGACACCGACACAGUUGAAGCUGACAUAGAGGUCCAACCAGAAGAAACUUUCCAAGUAGAAGAGAAAUAAUCUAAGGCAGAACCACUUGUUACAGGACUUACUGAGCACUUUUACAUUGAAUUGUACGGUAGAUCCGGAGUGUUAUCCUUCAGUACUUGAGCUGUUUCUGUUCUUUUGCAUCCACGAUAUUCAGUCAGCCAGUGGGUAUCUUAUUACAAAAGUGGAAUUUAUAACCUUGGUGGCCAUAGGCAAUACACUUUUUGGGCUUCUGAAGACCCACUGAACUGAUUGAUUAGUUAAGGUGGUCCUUAAGUUUUUUGCCAAGCAGGUGAUCACAAAUUGACCAAGUUAGUAUAGAAUAGACAAAUGAAUGGCAAAGUGAGUGUGAUCAGGGAGGAUUAGGUGUCUUUACAGUUUAUGCUAGUUAUUCAUGCCUAGUCUGGCCCUACCGACACUUCUGAAAAGUAUAAUACAGCAACAACUUGGACAUCGUAGGUGAUUUAUUAUGUGGCCCCCAGAACAUUAUAUUUUACUCUCCUUCACGAAAACAUAUAGUCCAAGCCACAACAUGUAGAAUAUAAAAUGCCUUCAAAAAAGAAAAUGUUACAUGUUUCUUGCUUCAUCACAUUUUAGAUAUAUUUAUAUAGAUAUAUAAAUGCUUAAAUUAUCUGCACAGGUACAAAUCUAAACUGUUUUGUAUGCAGCGUUUUGCAUAUUGUUGCACUUCAUAUUAUUUUGAUAUAGUUUUGUUUACUGUUUUGUACAAAGAUAUUCUGUAUUGAAAGAUUUAGCUGUCAGAUACAGUAUACUGAAACUGGUGAUUAUUGUUAUAUUCAGCCUUACAGCACAUAAUGUGUUGAUUCUGUGUGGGAGGACUUUGUUAUAAUUAGAGAUUCACUUGACAUUUUCCACUGGGCAGAAAAAUGCAUUUUAUUAUCAGUUACCAUUACUGCUUAAUACAAAUGGCAAAGACAAAAAGACAGGUCAAUGAGCAAAUCAAAUAAAAUACUUUAAACAGCUGACCUGCAUUCUCCGUAUAAUGAUGUCACAGGUUUUAUUAAACAUACAGAAAUGUAUCUAAUACAGUAUUCAUAGGGCUUGAGAAUGACCAUGCUACUAAACUUCCAUGCACAAUUCCCAAUACUAAGUGGUAUAAUGAAUAUAGGGGGUCAUUCCGAGUUGUUCGCUCGCUAGGAGUUUUAGCAGCCGUGCAAACGCAUUGUCACCGCCCACCGGGGAAUGUAUUUUCACUUGGCAGAAGUGCGAACGCAUGUGCAGCAGAGCGCCUGCAAAAACAUUUUGUGCAAAACAAGACCAGCCCUGGACUUACUCUUCGUGUGCAUUGAUUCUAACGUUGGAGGGAUGGCUUUUGACGUCACACACCCGCCCAGCGUUCGCCCAGCCACGCCUGCGUUUUCCCAAACUCUCCCAGAAAACGGUCAGUUGACACCCAGAAACGCCUCCUGACAAUCUUCUUGCGGCCGUCAGUGCGACUGAAAACGUCGCUAGAACCUGUGCAAAACCACAAUUCUCUUUGUACCUGUACGUCGCGCGUGCACAUUGCGGUGCAUAUGCAUGCGCAGAUUAGCCGAUUUUUACACUGAUCGCUACGCAGCGAACAACGGCAGCUAGCGAUCAACUCGGAAUGACCCCCAUAGUACAAUGUAUAAAACACAAAGAUAAUAAAGUUACUUUGUGAGCAUCCAAAAAGCACCAGAAUUAUAAGGUAUAAUACAUUUAUAGACAAAACUCGGGCAACUGUGGGACAAAACAAUUGCUCCAUAUUUAGUAUCAGGGAUAUUUCAUAUACAUUUUUUGUAACAAGUAUUAAUUUCCUAAAAAUAUAAUAUUUAUAUUAAAGUAUAACAGCAAUAUAAUUUUUGUUUAAAACAAAAGAAUGUGUUUUUUUCUUCGUAGUAACCCCUUCUGUUAGUGUUAUAAAUACAGAAAGCAAUGGUGUGUUCAUUUAGACUGUCUUGGUCUUGCUUCAUGUGUGGGUGGAAGCCUAUUCCUUCCUAGGGACCAGUAAGGCCAGCCCACCCCACUUUGUCCUCUUUCGUCUGCCUCUGCAAAAACAAAUCAUAAUAUAACAGGCACAUUUAAACCCCGUUAUCUUGUACCCUAAUUGGUCUCUUAUUAUAAAUGCGCACACAUGCAGCUGUUGCAGUGCCAAUUAGGUUGUUUUAUGACAAAUUAGUGGUAUGGAGCUGAUGCGCAUACCCAGUGGCAGCAGUUUCUCCUACCAAGCCUGGCGGGUGUGUGUGUGUGUGUGCACUGACCAGAGAGCAGCUUUCUGCAGGAAGAGGCAGGCAUCUUACCAUGAGGUGGGUGAAUGUAUACUCAGUAAGCUCAUUUAUGUUUCCUACUGGUUAUGUUAUGUAUGUAUGUAUGUAUGUAUGUAUGUGCUAUAUAUUAUAGGAUGUUUAACCUUUUCCUGUCCACUUGUUAUAUGAGAUAAAUAUGUUUGAUACAGAAACUUGUUUGUUUAAGACUCUCUACCUACAACCUAUACUAAACCAGUGUGUCCCAAACUUGGUCUUCAGUGACCCCUAAUAGUGCAUGUUUUGCAGAUUCCCUUAAUAUCACAAGUUAAAUAAUUAGCACCACAUGUGGAUCUUUUAAAAUAUCAGCCAGUAAUGAAUACACCUGUGCAACCAGUAGAUCUGGAAAACCUGCACUGUUAGGCAUCUCUGAUGAAUGAGUUUGGGAAACACUGCUAUAGUCCACCAAUAAUGCUAAUUUUUUUAAUGCUUUAUUACAUUUACUACUCAGUGUAUAAAGAGACCAAUGUGUACAUAAAUGUCCAGGACUGGUGCUAUGAUCCCAAUCUAAAUCAAUGGGCUAAAUUUACUAAGGUGGGAGCUUUUUAAAACUGGUGAUGUUGCCCAUAGCAACUAAUCAUAUUCUAUCUAUUAUCUAGAAGCAGCUAGAUAAAUGUUAAGUAGAAUCUGAUUGGUUGCCAUGAGCAACAUCACCAGUUCUAAAAAAAAACUCCACCUUAGUAAAUUUACCCCAUUAUUGGGUUUCCAGGGUUAAAACACACAUUUACUAACAUUUAAAAAUGUAUUUAAAAAAAAAAUCUGUUAGUAAAUGUGUGUUUUAGUCCCUGAAGGCCAGCAUUGAUUAAGAUCAUUUUCAGCUAUUUGAAAUUGAUGUAAAUCUAUCAAAAUCAACCUUUGGUAAAUAAACCCCCUGGACUUGCUCCGAUACUCCACAGAGUGGAGAACUUGAAUUGUGGAAUGGUGCCCAGAUCCAGAAAAGAAAAUAUUCAGCUCAGAUAGAUGGUCUGGCUCUUCUGCCGCAUCUAAAGGCUCACUGAGAUCACUGGUCCUGUACAUACCUAUUUUAAUAUUCUCCUAUCCUGGAGAAGCCCGGAGACAAUGUGCAUGUGGCAGCUGAUGAGGGUGGGGGUGGACUUUUUGCAUUAUUAGGGUUUAUUACCACUGCAGCAAAAUACUGUGAAUCUAUGAAGUGGGGACAGGGCCAAAUGGCACAAUUAUCAUAGAAUCCUGUCAUAUCGGUCAUGCUCCCUCUACACAGAUGUGUGAUUAGUGGAAUUUUCCCCAUCAUACCAUCUUUACUAGGUAUUGGGCAGGAUGCAGGAGGACCACCUACACUCCCAGAGGUUCCCGGAGAGUAGGUACAGUUAGUAUUGCCCUGUAUAUUUCUGAAACAUUCCAUACACUGCACUCUGUAUUAGGAAAACUAUAGCUUGUUGUGUGCUGAUUAUGCUCCGGUCAUUGACUGGCCACACUCGCUUGCAAAUCAAGCAAACAGGGGAGCCACACCAACUGCCAAUAAGUCCCUGCAGGCAAUGUUUGUCAGUCUGGGGUGGCAGUUGGUGUGGCUCCCCUUUCUGAAUUUUGGACUGUGCUGCAGCCCCACCUGUGGAGCCACCACUGGCAAGGAAGUCCAGGAACAGAGCAUUUUGUACCUAAUGGAAUGGGUCAUGUUGGAGGGUAUGUUUAGAGAUAGAGCAGGAGGCAAUGGAUUGCCCUCUCAUAGUUGAAACUGGUGAAUGCUACCCCUCAAUAACUACUGCACAGUAGGCCUCCCCCAUAGUUCUAGCUAUGCCCCUGUAUGUGAGAGUCAGUACAAAUAAGGAGAACAAGGACUGAAACCAAGGAGUGAGGCCAUUAGCUUUUGCAGCUCAGAGAAUAUUGGGGGUCAUUCCGAGUUGUUCGCUCAUUGCCGAUUUUCGCUAUGCUGCGAUUUGCUGCUAACUGCGCAUGCGCAUGUUACGCAGAGUGCAUGCGCUAAGUUAUUUAACACAAAACUUAGUAGAUUUGCUGGUGUUCGAGCGAUGAUUUUCAGUCGCACUGCUGAUCGGUGAAUGAUUGACAGGAAAGGGGCGUUUCUGGGUGGUAACUGAGCGUUUUCCAGGAGUGUGCUAAAAAACGCAGGCCUGUCAGGGAAAAACGGGGGAGUGGCUGGCCGAACGCAGGGCGUGUUUGUGACGUCAAACCAGGAACUAAACGGACAGAGCUGAUCGCAAUCUAUGAGUAGGUCUGGAACUACUCAGAAACUGCAGGGAAUUAUUUAGUAGCAAUUCUGCUAAUCUUUCGUUCGCAAUUCUGCUAAGCUAAGAUCCACUCCCAGAGGGCGGCGGCCUAGCGUGUGCAAUGCUGCUAAAAGCAGCUAGCGAGCGAACAACUCGGAAUGACCCCCAUUGCACAGUACAAGCUUUGCCCUCUUGAAGAUUUUACUUGAAGGCACAAUUGGUUAUUUGCUCUAGAUAGACAAUGAAUAAAUGAUUUCUGUGUCACAAAUAUGAAACCAGCACCGGCUUUGAUUUAACGUAGCAGGGUGUCUUUGAUUUCUUCUGCAAUGCUAAGGAAGCAGGGAUCAUGUACAUAAAUACUGUGCCGUAGCAUUACAUCUGACAGACCACACGUACAGGUUCUAGCUACAAUGAAUUUAAGCUCUAAGUUGUGAUAAAGUUUUCUUAAAUGACUUUCAUUGAUGAAUUGCAUGGAAUUCCCUAUAUUGCAGAAAAACAUAAAUCCCUUUUUGUUUUUGUUAAAAACACAAAAAAUCAGCCAUAAUAACUUAUACUUAAUUUUAGUUCCAGUUGGGUUUUCUGCUUCUUGUUGUGAGGACAGGUGUCAGAUACCAUGAGAGGAGUCACUUACCACUUGCAGUAUAUAUGUAAAUAGUUACUCACUGUGAUAGUUCUCCCGGGUUAAAGACCUGUAAACAUCUGAAAAAUGUAGACACAUUUAAAUACAACAAUGAUAUCGCCUAGAAAUAGGAAAGAGGGAAUCACUUCUAGAUGACAAUCAGAUGGGAUUAUGUGUACUUAUAUAUCACUGUGUGACUAGCAGCAUGAGACAAUGGAGUGGGAUGAUCCACACCGCGGUAUGCUUACAUGCACUUCUUUUAUUUUUAGUUAUAAAGCCUUGCAAAUCUGUCUUCAAAUAAAAAACGAUAAAUCACAUUUUAUUAACUGUCCACCAAGAUAAACUAUACUUGUCUAUUCUCCCGAAAUGUUCAGGAAACAUCCAAGUUCCUGGGAAAGUAUACCGCCUUCAUAGAUCCUGCCAAAUCUUCUUGUGAAAUGGGUGAAGUCCCUUACUGUGUGAUCUUAUGAAUUGCGCAGCCAGGCCAGGAUGGUGUGAAUUGUGUUGAGUGUCUCCCCCCACUUGUACCUUGGGCCUCCCCCUCAGGAUCUCACAAAGGGGAGGUUCAAAAAUAGGCAAGCAUGACCUAAACACAAGCAAGUACAGUACCAGUCUAAAUCGAAUUUCCCUAUUUUAGGUAAAGGUUUCUCCUAUACAAAAAAAUCAAUUCUUAAAUAUAUACAAUAAAUAUAUUACUAUUAUACUGUAUUUACAAAGUGCUGAGAUAUUAAGCAGAUCUGCAUGCUACAAGGAAUUAUGCUACAAAUAGAACACAAUUGUAUUGUAAGAAGUAGGAGGUGAUGGCGGCACUGUGAGCUUACAAUAUAAGGGAAGUGGGGAUCAUUACUUACAUAAGGUAGGGGAAUAACAGCUGCUGCUGGUUGGGAAUGUGUGUGUGGCUACUGUCAGACAGAAGGGUUAUCUGCCCCCAUUAUUAAAACUAGUGGUGGCCAGGCAUAUUUGUACAAGCAACGGUGGUGUGUACCGAACCAUUGUAGAAAUCAUUGUAGAAAUGUUAAGACAGCAGCAGCAGGCAACCAUGAUUGUCCUUUACCGGUAUAUAUGUUAUAUAGAAAAUCACCUGUCUUCUUUCUAUUAUUUACCACAUUUGCUAUCAAAAUAUACAGAGCAGCAGGUCAAUGUAUUGGCUGGCUGGGGCCUUACUGAAUAGCCUACAAUCCACAGCGGCAAGACGUAUAUACUGUAUACACUAUUAUACUGGACAUGGAUCGAGGGGUCUCUCCUCCCCUUCCCUCCCACCCACAUGACCGCAUAUUAUUUCCCAAUGACGGCACACCUCCCAUUUUAUAAGAUACCUAUACCACUCUUGGGUGUGUGCCUUGCUACACACAUGCCUUAGCUGUUUGAAUGCACUUGGCCUUCAGCUCAUGUGUCACAAUGCACACCGCACACCCAAGAGUGGAAAAUCUAUUACAUACAGAUGGAGCCAUACUAAUCGUGGCUCUGUCUGCGACUCAGUGCGCCGACGAGGCGCACUUCCGGGAAUGAAUGGGACACACAUGCGUCGUAGACGUGCACAUGCCCUAUUCAAAGUAAAUGGGAGCAUCUAUGCUCGCUGGCGAGGCCAGGCCCACGCAUACCUAGCCAUGCCACGCGCCCCUGUCUGCAAUGCAGCAGCUCCAUCUGUAUAUACAGUAUAUAGGCUUGCCAUAAUAUCUCUUUAGUAUGAGACAUCAAUGACCACGGGUUCUGUGGCUGAUUAAAGGCAGGUGAAAUACAACCUUGAAUUUAGCUAGCUACAGAACCUGUAUAAAUUAAAGGUGUCAAAGGCUAAGGGGGGAAUUCAGUUGCCAGCAAAGGGUGUGACUUGCCAUUUCCAUGGCAUUUAAAUUCUGGCAACGGUGCCCAGACUUGCACCCUUCGCAUGGCCGAGUCGCACCUCGAUUCACACAAAAGUGCUCCCUACCCUAUGGGGCAGUGAACACACUUGUGUGAGUUCCCACUGACGUAAAGUGUGGCAAGUGCUGCACAGAUUUGGCCAGGUGAAUCCUUCGCUGUUGAUUGAAUUCCCCCCUAAAGGUAUAUUAUGGCAAGCCUAGAUAUAUAUUCCACAUGUAAUCCUCUCAUGUACUGUACUUGUGCAUUGUGCUAUUUUAUACUGUAGGAGCUUAUUUUCCUGUCCAUAGACCUGUACGCACCUUUGGUGUCAUCAGUGCAUCACAGCUAGAGCUACUUAAUAGGUGAGGGGUAAUGCGGGUUUACGGGGCCAAAUGUCUGUUCCUAUUUGUUAAGCACAAUGCUGCACAAUGGACAUCUUGGUGAGGGAUGUGUCCCAACCAUUUUAUGUAACACUGAUUUGCAUCACAGUAAGUGAAUAAGCAGGGUAUGUGUUGUACUUACUGUACAUAUGAAAUCACCAGUGGAACCGGCAAGCAGAAAAGGAACCGUUUGCUGUAAGGCAAUUAAACAUAACCUGUAUACUGACAGGGUACUAAACUGAUACAGUAAAGGGUGCCUAAACUAUAUUAAAACGAUCCUUUGUAACUGCAGUAUACUAAAUGCCUUUAACCUCUGGGAAGCUUAUAAUACCGUUAUAAUGUCUUAAAAGACAGUAAGCAAAUCUACAAUGUAAUGUAUAUAAUAUGUUAUGUAUGCAUCAGCGUAAGUUCUGGGAUGUUUUUUGCCCAGUGGGUUACAGUAUAAUAUUAUGUACCAUGCUAUAUUGUGCUUCUAAGUGACUGAUUUCUUUCAGAAUGUAAUUCAGUUCUAGCGAUAACGUGCUGCAGCAGAUAACACAAGAUAUAAAUAUUGUACUGGAAAAUGAUGACCACUGGUUGGUUAUUUUUGCUGGCUCAUUGCAUUUUUUGAUGAAUAAAUUUGUUCUUCACGUG